AUGGAGGGCAGCAUUGCCCGGCCGCGGCGACAAUCGUUGCUCAUCGGACAACGAUCUCUCGACGUGUACAACGAGGUCGAUCAGGGUAAGUAGGCCAGAAAUAGUUGAUGCCGUGUCCAAUGUCUCGGAAAAACCGUAAAAACCGCAGGUUUUUCUGUCCACAGUCGGCCAAAAUUUUCGUGAAAAACUCGGGUGCGCACAGCUCAAUGAAUGUAAUCGUACCCCUAAAAUUACGGUAUUUUUUGAAAAUUUGCGCAAGAAAUUUGAAAAUUUUCAAAUAUCCUCAAGAAAUUAACAAAUUUUCAAAAAAUACCGUAGUUUUAGGGGUACGGUUACAUUCAUUGAGCUGUGCGCACCCCCGUUUUUCACGCAAAUUUCGGCCGACUUUGAACAGAAAAACCUGCGGUUUUUUUCCGGUUUUUACGAGACUUUGGACGCGGCAUGAAGGAUUUCAUUUAUUGUUUUUUUGUGUUGUUUCAGGUCCCCGUUUCGUGCGCUGGAUCAUCGGCAAGUUCCGCAAUUGGGGAUUCACAAUAGCGAAGCACGCGUGGCUCGCCAUCGCCAUCUGCAUCCUCAUCUCGGCGCUCUCGAUGAUCAAGAUCCUUUUCACGAAGCAGGCGAACGACAUCACCGGAUACACGCCGUACGGAGCACGCGCCAAAGACGAGUACAUCGAAUACCAGCAGUUCUUCUCGAGUGCCGGACUGCCCAUCGCCGCCUAUCUGUUCAUUGUGGCCAAGGACGACGGAAGUAUGUCUCGGCCCGACUACCUCGACGAGACCAUCCAAGUGCUGAACUUUGCACUCAACAACAUCACCAUGUACGACUCGAUUUCCGGCAAAAACGAGACUUUCAAUCAGUUUUGCCAAAGUUUCUGCCAGAUCAACGAACCUGUCCGGCAAUUCUAUGUAAGUCCGUUUUGCGGAAGCCUAUCUGGAGCUUUUUGAAUGGUGCUUUAGAAAACUGCCCAUUAAUUUUUGCAAAAAGUGAUCAAUUACAAAGUUGUAGAACUUGAUUAUCUAUCGAUUAUCUUGAUAAUCUAAUUAUCAAAACCGUCACCAAAUAUUCAAAAUCAUCCGAGAUGUUAACCAAUUCAGAACGGCUACCAAAUCCUGAGCGAUGGCGAAGAAAACAGUCGGAUCAAGAUCCAAUACCCGGUUUCGGACAUGUUCGGCCGUCAAUUCUCCCUGCAGCCCAACUUUUUCGGAGUCGAAGUUUUUGAUCAGCCGCCGGAGAAGGACGACGCCGCGAAGCUUCUCGAUUCGGUGGAUGGUGAGCCGAUACUAGGUAGAUUUACACAAUCCGAACGGAAUACCGUUCAACGAAUGACUAUUGCAGAACUAAAUGCGACAAAACUGGUGGAUCCGGUCUCGAAGAUCACGAACGUCAAAUCGGUGAAAAUGAUCACUUUGCAAUUCCGCGCCGAGCACAAACCCGGAUGGACUGAGGCGCAAGUGAAGAAGUGGGAAAUGAGUUUGGUGGACAUUUUCGAGAAGAGGUACAAUUCGAAACGACUGAAGAUCUACGCCUACUCGCAGUCGUACGUGGAAGAGGAAAUGGUUCGAGGCGGCAUCAUCAUGAUCCCCUACCUCGUCGUCGGAUUCUCCAUCAUGUGCGUCUGCUCGUGCGUUCUCGUCAUGGUCCGCGCACUUUACAUGCAUCAGGAGAACGGCUACAAGAUCAUUCUGGCGAUCAUGGCGUGUCUGACGCCGUUGUUGGCGUGUGCCACCGCGUUGGCGCUGAUGUUCCUGUGCGGCAUCCGAUUCGCGUCCAUCCUCUGCGUCAUUCCAUUCUUGGUGCUGUCAAUUGGUAGGUUUCCGAUUUUCAAAACUGAUAAUUGAAAAGUUCAUCAUACCAAAGUUGACACCUCCCAAUAGAACUGCGGCUCUUCAAAGUUAGGGUUGCUGUGUAUCACUUGCAAGUUAGAAUGGGUCAACUUCCAGAACCUACAGUAGUGUUAGAAAUGGCGGUACAAGAAAGUGGUCAACUACAAACAUAUAGUACUCAAUUGUAUUGAUAUUUUUGCAACUGACAAGUAUUUCGUAGCAUCACUCCGAAGGGCACUGUAGCUCUUUGAAGUUAAGGUCAGUCUAGAGUUAUCGUAUUUUAACGCCAACUUCCAAGAGCUACAGCACUCUUAGGAGUGAUCCUACAAAAAAGUUUUCAACUAAAAGUGGACAACUUUUGCCUCUACAGUACACCUCCUAACUGUUUAUUUUCUCAGGUGUCGACUCCUCGUACCUGAUGAUCCAUGAAUGGCAGCGUGUGACGAAGCACAUGCGAGAAACGCCGCGGAAGAAGGACAGCGUCGGGCACAGAAUGUCGGAAGUGAUGGCAGAAGUCGGGCCGGCCAUCCUCAUCUCGUGCCUGACGAACAUGUUCGCCGAUUUCGUCGGCUCGUUCACCUCCUCGCCCGAAAUCACGCUUCUGUGUACCGGAAACAUGCUCUCCAUGUGGUUCGCGUUCAUUUAUCAAAUGACAUUCUACGCCGGUCUCAUGUCGAUCGUCGGCGGUUACGAGUUCGGCUCCGACGAGGUGGACAAGAAUCGGAUGGAGAUCAACAUUGCGGAGAAUCGGGUGAACAUCGCCAGACACCACCGUCCGCUGACGCGUCAGCCGUCAAAGUUCCACGAGGCGACGCAGCCGAUCAUCAGUGAGAGUCUCCAGAAGUACACGCAUCUCAUGACGACGCCCCUUGUCUUCGUCUCCAUUUGUGUCGCCUACAUUGCCUAUUUGGCCUUCAGUGUGUACGGCAUCACACAGAUCAACAUCAAUUUGACGGCUCAAAAGCUGUUCGCGUUGGAUUCGCCGUUGUUGGAGUUGGACGAUUUGAGGAUUCAGUACCAAGUGCCCCACUAUUCAAUGGCCACCGUCUUUGUGAACACGCCUGGAAAGUUGGAAGAUCCGCAAAGGCUCAAACGGCUCAAUCAGUACGUUUUUUUUCUUCGCAAACGUUGAAAUGACGCCAAAAUUCAAGCGAACCUUCAAAAUUUACAGGUUUGUCCGAGAAAUGGAGUCGAUCAACGGGACAUGGGGUCAAAGUUGGGGAGAGCUCGGCACCAAGUACUUUAUCCGAGAUUACGAUGUAUUCCAACAAUGUAGGCUCGACUUUUCUCAACUAAAAUCACUCGGAACCUUUCAGCUUUUGGAAGUGAAGACGAGGACGAAGAGUUUACGGAUCCGGAAGACAAGCCAGUCACCGUGCACGCAGACGACAAGAUGUCGUAUCGGGAGGACGAGCUGAAGUAUUUCCUGAAAUGGCCAGAGUACGACUUCUGGCAGGGAUUCGUCAAGUUGAGGAAUGCCACCAAUUCUACCGAUCCAGAGUGAGUAAAAGUACUUGUACGCCUUCGAAACGACUUGAACUAUUGUAGAGCCGAGGAACUGGAUCGUUUCUUCUUCACCACCGGAUACCACGGAGACAAUUUGACAAUUUGGACACAACGUGGAGCGAUGCUCAGAGCUUGGAGAGAAGUCGUCGACAAGUAUCCGUGAGUCUUUUCAUCAAAAUGUGCGCAAUUGUACAGCGUCCCCCAUCUAUUCAGAGACUUUGGCGCGUCGGUGUUCCACGAGGACGGCGUCUACCUGGAUCUCAUCGACAACAUGCCGACUGACACGUGGCAAUCGGUGCUCGGAACUCUUGUCUGCAUGGCGCUCGUCUGUUUCGUCUUUCUCAACAAUCUGUUCACCGUCGCCAUCGCCUCCCUUUCCGUUCUUUCCAUUUGUGCAGGCAUCCUAGGAAUUCUGUCGUGGUGGCACGUGGAUUUGGAUCCAAUUACCAUGGCCGCCAUGAUCAUCUCCAUUGGAUUCUCCGUCGACAUUCCCGCCCACGUGUCCUAUCAUUAUUAUCAAGCCUGUAAGUUUGAGCUACAACUCUGAAGCAAAAAGUUGUCAACAGUUUCUCAAUCGACAAUUUCUUGAUAUCUCCACCGACCGCCGACUUACACAUCAUCUUGAACUUGCAGCCAUCCAAGAGGGACCGAUGUCGCCUCCGUCGUCCCGUCUGGCCAAUUGUCUGUCGUCCGUGGCGUUUCCGGCUCUCCAGGCGGCUCUCUCCACAAUUCUCUGUGUUUGCAGUCUACUCUUCGUCAAUCUGUACAUGGCCGAGGUGAGUGCCGAUCGCAAACUUCCAAAACAUCCCGCCAUUUGCAGGUGUUUGUGAAAACGAUGGUGUUGUGUGUUGUCCUGUGUAACCUGCACGGUCUUGUCUUUCUGCCCGCCAUCCUCAUCCUCCUCGACUCGAUCCGAUGGGCGUGCCGACCAAAGGGUAAGCAAGUGUGCCCCACCGAACACAUUGUAUUCUAUUGAAUGCGCAGGAGCCGCAGCCCAACGCCCCAAACCACCCGCACAGAACUCGCGUCAGAAGCAGAAGGCGUCGAAGGUGCAGCCGGAGAAGAGUUCGGUCACCGAUCGGCCCGAAGUCUGA